GCGGUGGCUUUUGGAGCGACAUUCAGAGAUGAGUGGAAAAAGCAUUUCGAUAUUUUUUUUUCUUUUUCUUUCCCUUUUUUGUUUUGCUUUUUUUUUUUUUUUUUUUAGAGAACUUACAACAUGCAUUCUACUCGUCAAUUAUUCUUAACAGUACCUCGUUUUACAUCAGUACCAACUGUUCGUACCUUUGUGUGAGUAUUGAAUGAUGGAUAAUAUACUUUAAUAAGAAUGCUGACUUAUUUGUAUUAUGAAUAAUAGGUCCACUACAAAGUCAACUAGUGUUAAGAAUAUUGAAGUGCCUAGUGUGAAUGAAACUGAUGAUUCAAGUGAAGUCUUUGAAGUGCCUCAACGAAUUGCUCCUACUCACAAUAUUACUGUAUGUAAUCUUCAAUUACGUGGUUAUUUACCUCAACAACUUGAUUUUUAUGCCGAUUUUGCACGACGAGCAGCUUUCCAUAUGGGUAUGCCUUGUUCUGGUACAGUGCCUUUACCAACACAAACUUCUAAAUGGACCGUCAUUCGAUCACCUUUUGUUCACAAAAAAUCACAAGAAAACUUUGAACGAAAAACACACAAACGAUUAUUACAAAUUAAGGAUACGCACCCGGAUGUUGUAGAACGAUGGUUACGAUAUUUGACAAUGAAUGCUCCUUCAGGGAUUGGUAUGCGUGCAACUCGAUUUGAAUUUGAUACUUUGAAAAAAUAGAUAGUUUAGUUAAUAUAUAUGGAUCAUUAUUUUUACCUUUUUUUUUUUUUUGUGAUGAUAUCCAAACCUAAUUGACAAAUUAGAUAGACGGAUAAUUAUCAUCCAUAUAGUAUAUAGUUUAUAUUCAAUAAAAGAACAAGAACAACAAC